AGCCCAUUGGGCUUAUUUCACCUCGUGAAUGAAUGAUUUAGAAAAAAGCCCAUAACCAAUUAAAUGAAGCUGACCUGACAUUCAGACAUUAUAUUUAUCUGGCAUCCCCUAGUUACGCCAUCUCACGUGACGUGAUCUUGUAUGCUUUAAUGCUAAGGCGUUGUACUGUAAUAAAAUAAAUCAACAACGAACAAAUGCUAGUAUGCUACAUGUACUUCUACCAAGUCAAAUCCACAACGACUUUUUCUCUUACUAAUCGAGUCGAUGAACUCGUUUUGAUCUCACGAGCAAUGCUUAGAUCAUUAACUAACAUAUUGCAUGUGAGGGAUUAUAUAAAUGACAGUCAAACAAACAUAUUGCAUGUGGGGGAUUAUAUAAAAGACAGUCAAACAAACUAAACUAUGAAAAUAAAGCGCGUUGAAAUUCGAAAACUUACUGCACUCAUGUUACUAUGUUACUAUAAGCAUUGUGACUCACUUAAUCCCCUCUCCAAAGAUCUUAUUUGAUCUUUGAUAGUUGAAGUCGCACAAUGUCCUCAGUCCAAAUGACUUAUUUAAUAUCUCGUCUCCUUUCUUUCACACCCAAUGUGUAAAGUAUCAGGAAAUUCCAAGUUAAUUUGGACUUUGUCAAAGUCAGCCCUAUCUAUGCUACUUCCAUUUGGACUUUAUAACAAUAAAAGAUACUUUCCCUUAAUUAUAGAGCAUCCUACAAUGUAUCAUUUUACUAUUUAUCAAAAACCUGCAAGUUAGGAAGUUGUUGACAUUUUUUUUCUCUCUCUGUCUUCUUUGCUUCUUCAUCUCGAUCAUCGACAAUCUGUAAGAGAAACCAAACUCACUUCUCCUUCUAAGAAUCAUCUUCUGUUGUCAUCUCCCAAAGCCGUUAUUUCUGUUUUUGUUUCACUUUCCUACCUCAAUUUUGUUUUUGGUUAUCCCUCUUAUCCCUAUCGAUCACUUAUGGGCAGAGCAAAAUCCAUGGUCUCUCUCUUGUUGGUGCUCUUCCUUGUUAGAGCUCAUGUAGCAACAACAGAGACGACAACAGAGUUCAUUUUCCACGGUUUCAAAGGAAACCAAUCAGAAAUUCAUAUGCAAGGAGAUUCAACCAUCACAUCCAACGGACUUUUGAGGCUCACCGAUCGAAACUCGGACGUUGUUGGUACCGCUUUCUACCAUAAACCGGUGAGAUUGCUCGACAGUAACUCCACCAAUACGACGGUUCGUUCCUUUAGCACUUCUUUCAUCUUCAUAAUCCCUUCAAGCUCAACAAGCAACGGAGGUUUCGGCUUCACAUUCACACUCUCUCCAACCCCAAACCGUACAGAUGCGGAUCCCGAGCAGUACAUGGGGCUUCUCAACGAAAGAAACGACGGGAAUUCGAGCAAUCACGUUUUCGCUGUGGAGUUCGAUACGGUACAAGGAUUCAAAGACGGAACAAAUCGAAUAGGCAACCACAUCGGUCUAAAUUUCAACAGUCUCUCUUCAGAUGUCCAAGAACCAGUGGCUUACUUCAACAACAACGAUAGUCAGAAAGAGGAAUUCCAACUGGUGAGCGGCGAGCCAAUCCAAGUCUUCUUGGAUUAUCACGGACCAACCAAAACGCUUAACCUCACUGUUUACCCAACCAGAUUGGGAUAUAAACCAAGAAUCCCCUUGAUCUCACGAGAGGUUCCAAAACUGUCAGAUAUUGUCGUAGACGAAAUGUUCGUCGGAUUCACAGCAGCGACUGGGAGACACGGACAAUCGAGUGCUCAUUACGUCAUGGGUUGGAGUUUCGCAAGCGGUGGAGAACAUCCACUUGCAGCUAUGCUCGACAUCUCCCAACUUCCUCCUCCGCCUCCGAAUAAGGCGAAGAAGAGAGGUUACAAUGGUAAGGUCAUCGCUCUUAUCGUGGCUUUAUCGACUGUUAUAUCGAUCAUGUUGGUGUUGCUGUUCCUCUUCAUGAUGUACAAAAAACGAAUGCAGCAAGAAGAGAUUCUAGAAGAUUGGGAAAUCGAUCAUCCUCACAGAUUUCGAUACAGAGACCUCUACAAGGCUACUGAGGGAUUCAAGGAGAAUAGGGUUGUCGGAACCGGAGGAUUCGGAAUUGUUUACAGAGGAAACAUCAGAUCAUCGUCUGAUCAAAUCGCAGUGAAGAAGAUAACCCCAAAUAGCAUGCAAGGUGUUCGAGAAUUUGUCGCGGAGAUUGAGAGUUUGGGGAGAUUAAGGCAUAAGAAUCUGGUGAACCUCCAAGGAUGGUGUAAACACAGAAACGAUCUCUUGUUGAUCUACGAUUAUAUUCCCAACGGAAGCUUGGACUCGCUGCUUUACAGUAAACCGAGAAGAAGCGGAGCCGUUUUGUCGUGGAACGCGCGUUUUCAAAUCGCUAAAGGAAUCGCGUCUGGUUUGUUGUAUCUCCACGAAGAAUGGGAACAGAUCGUGAUUCACAGAGACGUGAAACCUAGCAAUGUUCUGAUUGACUCCGAUAUGAAUCCUAGAUUGGGAGACUUUGGACUCGCGAGGCUUUACGAACGCGGAUCUCAAUCGUGCACCACCGUAGUCGUCGGCACGAUUGGAUAUAUGGCGCCGGAGCUAGCCCGCAACGGAAACUCCUCAUCAGCUUCCGACGUUUUCGCGUUUGGCGUUUUGCUGUUAGAGAUCGUCUCCGGGAGGAAACCGACGGACUCUGGGACCUUCUUUAUAGCCGACUGGGUUAUGGAGCUACAAGCGAGCGGUGAGAUCCUCAGUGCGAUCGACCCGAGACUCGGAUCUGGUUACGACGAAGGAGAGGCAAGGCUAGCUCUCGCCGUCGGUUUGCUCUGUUGUCACCACAAACCGGAAUCUCGGCCGCUGAUGAGAAUGGUGCUCAGGUACCUGAACAGAGACGAAGAUGUUCCUGAGAUUCACGACAAUUGGGGAUAUUCAGAUUCUUCAAGAACAGAUUUAGGAUCGAAACUCGUCGGAUACAUUUCGUCGGAUAGGGCUUCGAGCUCACACUCACACACAUCUUCGUCUCUCACCAGAAUUUCUUCAACUUCUUUAAUCAGUGGUAGAUAAGAUUCGAUUGACACAUUCAAAGCUCGCAUUAACUCUUUUUUUUCUCACUAAACUAUAAUUCAAGUUUUGGAACUGUGUUUAAAAAUUGGGCUCGGCCCAUUGGGUUCUUUGUCUCGUGUCCAACAAUUAGUUUAAAGCCCA